AUGGGUGCAUCGUCAGGUCUUGGGGUGGCGCCCGAACGCGAGUCAGGCCAUGGCGAAGAAGUUGAGUCUGAGCCACUUCCACAGCCCGAGCCAGAAAGGGAUUUAUCGUCUUCUUAUGGGAAUGGUUCGGAUGAGGGUGCCAGACUGAAACAGAAUUUCGACAAACCCCGGGCAUUCGUACCAGACACCGUUAUCAGGGACAUUGAUCUCGGAACGGAACUCGAGCACGAGCAUGAGUCUCAUCCUGAAGUUCAACUUCAGUCAGCAUCUAUGCCUAUACUUGAACCACAACAUCCCUUUGAUGAAAGACUUGAAGCUCCCCGGGAGUCCUACGACCGAUCUGACACUUCGUCUGAGCCGGAUCGCUCAAUGCGAGGACAUGGCUCCUUGAUGCAUCGCUCUCUUUCCCUUCAAGGUCCCCUGAACCCCAGUUUAUCGCACAUGUCUAACGGCCAAACGAAUUUAAAGAUCUCACCAUCGAAGGAGCCUGCUCUGUACGAGACCGUCACCGUUAAGAAUGAAAACACGUCGGCUGAAACCCCACUCUAUGUUGGUCCAGUGAAGAAAGAAGCGAUGUCCGAACAUCCAGAAAAACAGCUGUAUGAAUCAGAUGCUGAUUUCGAUGAUGACGACAUCCAGGAUUACGCCUUGGAAGAAACCCUUGAUGCUAUGGAUGCCUGGGAAAAUGAAUUACGGAUCGAUACUGGCAAGAUGGCUGAAGGAUCAAAUCGAGAUUCAAGUCCCUCAGGUCAUAUAACAACCGAAACUUCGCCUUCGGUGAAUGUCGAAGCCAUCGAUACGGUUAGUCCAGAACGUUCACGAGAGAUUACGCCUUCAGAGCAUACCCGUGACGUAAUUGAUCAAACACAUUCGCCUAUAUCGAAUGAAAUUUCCCUAGAUGGAGCUCGUGCACGUCGUUCACUCUCGCCGGAAAAAAUUUCAACAGGGUUGCUAAGUCCUAUGGCUUCCAAGCCUUCCAAUGCCGCAACACGUGUCUCUUCUGCGCUGCCAGAAAGAGUAGCACUUGUUCCAGUUUCUAGCGUCGAAGAUGAUACCCAGCAAACCGUGGAAACGGGUGCUUCCCGCACUUGUAUCCAUGAUCAUGACCAUGAGCAUGACAAUUUGACUGUUUGGUCUUUACCAUUGCAAGCACCUGCGCCCUCAACUGAUCAAGACUUGUCUCUCAGUGAUCUCAGUGCAAGUCUCUCUGCAUCGUCCCAUUCUCGAGCAAUGAUGCUUUCACGCCCUUGCCCAACGUCAUGUGUGGAAAUAUCAAGUCUAGACCCGGUAGCCGCCGCAAGAGCUGCAGCCAUUCUUAAAGUUCAUCAUAAGUACGUUCAAGAGGGAUGGUUGGGCGAAUCAGAAAGUACAAUCGCGUCGACAUCGGAGAACGAAACCAUGAGCCUUCCAGCAAUACUUCAUGCUGCUGAACGUGCCCUUCGACACCGACCGCAUGUCCCAUUCGUACCAAAGUCUCGUGCACUAGGAGCUUCGACACCACAUGCCACAUAUCCUGCACCGGAGCUCGCCUCGCAUGCAUUGCGACCACAGGCACAAGCAGGUCACUGGUCCGAGCAUGCAUGGAUUGAACUUGACCGUCACAUGCGUGCUCACAUAUCGCAGGACGCCGAUAAUUUGUCGUCGGCAGUGCUGAGUGUGGACGUGGACCAGGUCAUCCUCCAAUUUUUGGACGCUCAGGGACUCGAGCCGGACGAUCUCCAUGGCGAUUGGAAACUGACACGUUUAUACGCGCGAGUGCCUGCAUUACAAGCUCGUUACCUGCGCGAACUCGAGCAGGACAUGACAGAGCAAAUGCAAGAAAAGUCAUUCCAGCUUCUCAGUGAAUCGCGUAAACGGCCUCAUGACGUUUCGUUCGGCCCUGCUUAUGUUCACGGCGCCCACAGCACGCCUCUCUCAGCUCGGCCAUCCUCCACGAAGUUUUUAGCACAAGAAUCAUCUGUGAUGUCUCAGUCCAAUGCAGGUGCGGACGAUACCGAUGCUUUGACUGAGGCAGGUCCACCACCUAAGCGUUUGCGUUCUACAGUAACACCGGCUUCCGGUGUUGUGUCGAAAUUAUGGACAUGGAUGACUGGUCCAUCACAGCCCCGAACACCGGCGCUUUUUUCGAAUCAUCGCCGUCGCAAAAUGUCAUCUGUAUCGCGAAUCCCACGACCUGUGCCGCGCACACGAGCACCGGCGCCUAGGCCACAACUUAAUACGGCUCGCAAUGAAUCGCGCGGAGACAAGUCAGGAGCUAUGUAUCCGUCACUGGAUCAGCUUGAUGAAGCUGUAUGA